CACAGCGAUGCCAGCACAAGAAGGCCUUCACUCCUAGAUCAACUCCCACCUCCACCACCAAGCCAUCCCUCCCUCUUGAGUUCCUAGACUCGAGAUACUUUGUGCCUAUCACCUAGCACGAAAAUUAACACUUAGCCGCAGACGUUGCGGUUGGAGAAACGCCCGCACCGACCCCCCUCUCUUCAUAGCCAGAACCUUCUCUCGCAGACUGCAUCUUUACCUCUCGGUAGGCGCAUCUCUCUAUCUUAUCUUGACCUCACCGCUCACUAGUACUAGACUCAAGAUACCCCACAAGCCCAAAAUCCAACUUCCCCCUUCACAGUCUCCGUAGGCGCAGUCACGUACUACCCCUCAUCAAAAAUAGAGACAGCCCCGAUUACGACAGAACCAAACCCAGACAAACACAAAAUACUUAUACCAUCUUGAGACCUCUCCAGAGAGGUCAUACGGCUGCAUCGAAUUGAAGGGAUACGGUUAUCAAAACUCGAAAAGGCUCGCGCAGAUUAAGCUUGUGAAGCUUGAUCCAAGUACGUCCUGAUACGAUGUCUUCCUCCUCUGGCACCCCGGAGUCUUGGAUCUCCUCUUUCUGUUCACUCCUCGGCCACGAAUACUUUGCAGAGAUAUCAGAGGACUUUAUAGAAGAUGACUUCAACUUGACGGGGCUGCAGACCCAGGUCGCCAUGUACAAGGAGGCGUUAGAGGUAGGACGCAACAAUAAUCUGACUAGUCCUCGCGCUAAUUUCCUCAGAUGAUUUUGGAUGUUGAACCGGAAGACGAAGAAGAUGAAGAGGAGGAGGAGGAGGAAGACGAGGGCGAUGAAUCCAUUGAAGGGGACGAUCGCGCGAACCGUAGAACCACCGUGGAACGAAGACACCAUCGAAUGGCUUCCGACUUAUCGAUCAUCGAAUCCUCCGCCGAGAUGCUCUACGGUCUUAUCCAUCAGCGCUUCAUCUGUUCGCGCGCCGGUAUACAGCAAAUGUCCGAAAAGUAUGAGCUAGGGCACUUUGGCGUCUGCCCUCGAACAUUCUGCGAAGGCGUGCGCACCUUACCCGUUGGUCUUUCCGAUGUCCCAGGUGAUGAUACAGUGAAACUUUUCUGCCCUUCUUGCUUGGAUGUUUAUGUCCCACCAAACUCUAGAUUUCAAACGGUGGACGGCGCAUUUUUUGGUCGAACCUUCGGGGCCCUAUUCCUACUUACAUUUCCAGAUUACGAUAUCAGCAAAAAGGGCGCAGAAACUCUUGCCCACGGAUCUCGAAGCACUGCAGGGGGCGGAGAUGAGGAAAAGGAGAAGAUAAAUGGCAUGAAUGUACAGAAUUUGGGACCUGGGCUAGGCAGAGGCAAGAUGUACGAGCCCAAAAUCUUUGGAUUCAAGGUGUCGGAACGAGCAAGAAGUGGGCCGAGAAUGAAAUGGUUACGUAAUCGACCACUUGAUAUUAGGGAGCUGGACGAAGCUACAAUCUAUGGUGCGGCAGAAGAAAGCGAGGAUGACAUGGAGAACAACGGGGUACGUACACAACCACGAUCGACGGGAUUGAGAGCCCAGCAAAAAGACCAACGCCCUAAUGGUGGUGGUAGUCCCAUGUCAAUUGAAGCCAAUUAAACAUGGCUCAGGGCCUUAAGCAUUGAAGAUAUAUUCGCGAUUCAAUUCAUUGCAGGCGUUCCUAGGUGUUGGGAUUGGCAAUACUUAAAGGGCUCGUAUGGUCAAGUUAGAGGGUUGGGUGGCUUCGUUCUUCCAUUAUAACGAAAGUAAAUCAUGCAUUUCAUGAUGGUUUGAUUGAUGAGUGAUGUGGGCGUAGAUCUCUAAUUCUCAUGGCCUGCAUGGUAGGAUGUGAAAUCAAUAAAAGAUGUUUGUCAGAAGGCUUUAGUCGCGUAGAGCAAGUUGACACUGGACGGUCAAUUUUUACAUGCUGAUGGUAAGUGUGUUCUUCACAGAAAUUUCAACUUGAUUACAUUCC